CACGUCGGAGGACCGGAAAGGAGGCGGGGCCGCGGCGGGGCGCGCUCCCGGAACGCGCGCGGCGCAGGAGGCGCGGGUCGCAGGGAGCCGGUCCGCGGCCGGAGCGGGUCCCCGGGGUGCGUGCGGAGCAGGGCUCUCGGGGAGACGGGCGCCAUGAACACGGUGCUGUCGCGGGCGAACUCGCUGUUCGCCUUCUCGCUGAGCGUGAUGGCGGCGCUCACCUUCGGCUGCUUCAUCACCACCGCCUUCAAAGACAGGAGCGUGCCGGUGCGGCUGCACGUCUCGCGGAUCAUGCUAAAAAAUGUCGAAGACUUCACCGGACCCAGAGAAAGAAGUGAUCUGGGAUUCAUUACGUUUGAUAUAACUGCUGAUCUAGAGAAUAUAUUUGAUUGGAAUGUUAAGCAGUUGUUUCUUUAUCUAUCAGCAGAAUAUUCAACAAAAAAUAAUGCUCUCAACCAAGUUGUCCUUUGGGACAAGAUUGUUCUGAGAGGUGAUAAUCCGAAGCUGCUGCUGAAAGAUAUGAAAACAAAAUAUUUUUUCUUUGACGAUGGAAAUGGUCUCAAGGGAAACAGGAAUGUCACUUUAACCCUGUCUUGGAACGUUGUACCAAAUGCUGGAAUUCUACCUCUUGUGACAGGAUCAGGACAUGUAUCUGUCCCAUUUCCAGAUACAUAUGAAAUAACGAAGAGUUAUUAAAUUAUUCUGAAUUUGAAACAACAUAUUUUUAUACUUAAUGAAGUGUAUCUCAUUUAUCUCUUCCCUUGCAUCUUCUUUUGUUUUUGGUUGAUAGUUUUUUUUUUUUUUUUUUGGUUAUAAGAACUAACAUCAAAAGGCGUAUUUGAAGGGAAAGGUUAAUGUGCCACUUAAACUUAAUUUUACAAACAAAACACAAAAAAAGAAGGCCACUGGAGCGGAGUGUUAAAAGAAUAAGACAACUACAUAAUAAGGAUUUGUAAAAAUUAAAAUCUGAAGUAUUCUCUGUAUUUCCAUUAUUCUUUAUGGAAUAUAAAGUGAGCAUGAAGGGUAGUUAAAACUUUCAGGUGCCUGUGGAGUUAUGAGAACUCUGUUUUAUGCCUUGCAUUCAUGCAAGUUCACAGUGGAUGUGAUUUAGAAGUAGACAUUCUCUUCUAUCUCAGAGUAUGUCUGAUUACUGGAAAAAUUAAUAUGAUUAUUUAUGAGAAGCCUAGUUUACAAAAUAGCCAAAAGUGAUGGAGUUUUAUUCCAUUUGUCUUAGGAAUGCCCAUAAUGCUUGUUUUUCUUACAGGUGACUAGCAACUUUCUCCAGACUUAAAGACUAAAUACCUCUUUAUAUGCUGUAAAUCAUUCUAACUCAUUUUAAAGUCUCUUAAGUCAACCAAAUAUGUGUCUUUCAGUGCUUUCUCUAAAAAUGUUCCAUUGUAUUAUAUCUGUGUGUGACUUCUUAGCGUUGCCAUUGAAAGUCGAAGUAUUUGCAUGGUUUACCCUCUGAGUUAAGUUUGUUCUAGUGAACAUGUCUAGUGCCACUGAGUGGUAAUUAUGUAAAGUUUUCUGUAGGUCCACAUUUUAAUAAUUACUGGGGUAAUAAUAUUUGGUGUGCUUUUGCAUUUACAGGCACUCUUGUGUAUUUUACUGUGUGUUAUCUUCAAUAAUCUGAUGAGGUUACGUGUAGUGCAAAUGUUAGUUCUUUGCAGAUGAAGAAACUGACACCCAGAAGUUUGUUGACUUGCUUCAAGGUUACAUAGCUAGCAAGGAAUGGUGUUAAAACUUGAACGCAGAUCUGAAUUCUCUAAGCUUGUCUUUUCUCCUAUACCUCAGAUUACAGACUAAUCAAAAUUUACUUAUAAUUUUCGUUACAUUUAUUGUGACCAUGGACAC